AUGGCCGCCGCAGCCGUGUCCACCGCGGCCUCCCUCACGCUCCCACGCCGCGCGGACCGCGCAGGGGAUCCUCGCUCGGAGGCGGCAUUGCUGCGUGGUAAUUUCCUCUGCGUUGUGUCGGGUGACUCGGUGGAGUGCUCCCCGUCCCCGCGGCGCCAGGUGCUCGUGGCGGGGGCUGCGGCCGCCGCGGCGUUCGUCUCCCGGCCUACUCCGGCGGCAUUCGCAGAGGGCACGAAAGGGUUCCUGGGUGUCAUCGACAGGAAAGCCGGGUACUCCUUCGUGUACCCGUUCGGAUGGCAGGAAGUGUCUGUGCAAGGCCAAGAUAAGGUGUACAAAGAUGUGAUCGAGCCUUUGGAGAGUGUCAGCAUCAACAUGAUUCCGACCAUCAAGGAAGACAUCCGUGACCUCGGUCCUCCAGAGCAGGUUGCUGAGGCUUUGGUACGGAAAGUUCUUGCUCCACCUACGCAGAAGACAAAGUUAAUUGAGGCAAAACAGACUGAAAUUGACGGAAGAGCUUACUACACUUUCGAGUUCACAGCCCAGGCUCCAAAUUUCACCAGACAUGCACUUGGUACAAUUACCAUAGCAAAUGGUAAUAACUCCUGUCUGGCAUCAUUUUCUCUUUCAAUAAGAUGUCAUGUGAAAAGUGUUGCACACCUUUGACAAGCUUCCAGCAGC